AUAAAAAAAGUACAAAGACACAAAAUAUUGUCUCCUAAUUAAGGGAGCAAUAAUUUUCAUAAGAAAUGCUGCAGCAACGAUAACCCCAAUUGGUAUAGAAACAACGAUGUACUUAUGGAAUUCUGUGACACUCAUUUUUGGACUACUAUAUCUAACGAUCAUAGCAUUGGCCACACAAACAGUAAAGGGCAACAUUUUAAAUACCUUAUUGGGUGUACCCUCGGAGUGUGUACAUCAAGGUGGUGUAUGGCCCUGUAAAUUAUCAUUUUCCUGUUGGUUACAAGGAGGCAAACAUGCCCGAGGUUGUGGCACUAAUAAAUGGUUAUUUUCCUGUUGCAUAGCCGCUGAGGGAGAUGUUUCGCCGGUGGCCAAUCUAGUAGAUACAGCUUUGGUAGAAUAUAACAAGAAAGUAACAUCACUGCCAAAAAGAGUAUUUUUAAGGAGAAGAGAUGAUAAUGAACUAUUGUUAAAGCCUGAAUGUGGCUUGGCACGCAGCUUUCAACAAACCUUACAAAAGCGCAUCAUAGGCGGCAGACCAGCCCAUUUUGCUGAAUAUCCCUGGCAGGCUCAUAUACGUAUAGCCGAAUAUCAAUGUGGUGGUGUUCUAGUUUCUAAAAAUAUGGUAGCCACUGCUGCCCAUUGUGUUCAGCAGGCACGUCUUCAGGAUAUUUCUGUAUAUUUGGGUGAAUUAGAUACCCAAAAUUUGGGUCAAACACAAGAACCUUUACCUGUUGAGAAGCAUAAUGUCAUACAAAAAAUUAUACAUCCUUUAUUUGAGUUUCGUAUGACGCAACCGGAUCGUUAUGAUUUGGCUUUAUUGAAAUUGGCUAAACCGACUGGAUUUAGCGAACAUAUUUUACCCAUUUGUCUUCCGGUAUAUCCCAUACGUUUGAUUGGUCGUAAAGGCGUAGUGGCAGGUUGGGGUAAAACAGAGGCUAGUUUGGGUCAAGCGGGCACUAAUAUGUUGCAGGUGGCAAGUGUACCAAUAAUAACUUCUCUGGAAUGUUUACGCUGGCAUGAGAGCAAACAAAUCCAGGUGGAACUAUUCAAUGAAAUGUUUUGUGCCGGUCACUCAGAUGGCCAUCAAGAUGCUUGCUUGGGUGAUUCAGGUGGACCAUUGAUCAUAAAAGAACGCGGUCGUUUUGUUUUGGUUGGCAUUACCAGUGCCGGUUUUGGUUGUGGCGUUGAUCAUCAGCCUGGUAUUUAUCAUAAUGUGCAGAAGACUAGCAAAUGGAUACAAGAGGUUUUAGUGCGUAAUGCAAUUUAGAAAUUUUCUUAGUAAA